ACCCGGAACUACCGUCUUGGUACAAGUUUAAAAACCUUGGUAGCUCAAUAAAACAAAAAAUAAGUAAACCAAAGUACGAAUUUCAUUAGCCCUGCGCAAAAAAUGAUAGAGUGAGGUCAGAUUUAAGUUUGUAUUUCCGAGCAUGACGACCCCCAUAUAAAUACGCCACAGUCACAGUCGUGGAAAGAAAAGAGCGCUGGAUUUAACGACAUCGUUUGCAUGAAACAACCAUUUGGUGAAGAAUAAUAUUUCUACAACGACAAAAUGAAGGCUGAAACAUGCAUUGGGUUUUUGUUUUGUUUUGCUACAGUUUGCUCGCAAAACACUCUUGAACAUAUUGGGGAGCAAUUAGAAAACUCUGGCUCGAAAAAUGAGAUAAGUCCUUUCUGCAUGGCGGGAAAAUGCGCUGGAGUUCCGUACGAGAGGAUUCAAAGUUUGUAUAGAGGUUUAUUCUUCACAAAAGAAGAAAUAAAGAUAAAUCUGAUAAAAACGAAAAAGUACACAGAGAGAAGAUGUCAAAUAUAUGAGGGAUAUAAAGCGUCAUUAAGGAAGCCGAAGUCUUGGAAACGGAAGAGACAAACAUGUGGCUACGGUCAUUCGAGUUUAACCGACGGGGAUGUUUGUUGUCCGACGUCAAUUUCUGCAAUGUGUCCCGAAUAUCUGACAAACACCAACGGGACAAGACGAAUCAUUGUUCACUUUCCCGAUAUGAAGCCAGACCCCAUGUACCAGUUCAUACCUAGAGGAUUAUGCCAAUCCGGGGGAAACUGCCAAACCUGUCGACAAGAAUUUGCAUUGCUCAAUAUUCUAGUUGUGGACGAAACAUUUAGAUCAUACCCUCCAUUGGAAUUCGAUUCAUUCUACAUACAUAGUUACUGUUCUUGUAAAGGAGGAUGACGAGUGCUGACCACAGAAAUGUGUUGAACUGAGUGAAUUUAAAAUUGUAAAAUGUAUAAUUUUGUUUUUGAUUUUCGUGAAUUCAUACAUCUGUACUUGGCAUGAUUCGUUACUCUUUAUAAAAAAGAAUGAAAUGAUAAAAAGUGCAUUUUUAUGACUGUUUUU